GAUGGUGGGGGUCGGGGGCUGUGGGCAGUGCCGCUGCGGUGCCGGUGAUCGCUGCUCUCGGGGCUGUCGGUGCUCCACAGAGAGACACAGAGACACACACACACACUGUGCGGAGGGCGGACAUGGCCCGGACACAGCCGGAGCUCAGGGUCGCUCUCACUCUCUGGUUACUGCUGUGUUGGGCGCAGACGGAGGCGAAGACCUGUGAGAACUGUGAGGUUGUUCUUGACGUGGAUUUUCUGCCUGUGGAGGCGCUGAUCUGCCCGGGACCCUCCUGGCCACUUCCAGAGAAGAUAGUACCACACGUGGCCAAAGAAGUACAUCAUGAACAGCACGGUGGGAUCGCUUUCCUCUACCACCCAUGUGUUGACCCGAGAUUGAAGAAGGAACUCUCCCUCCUGGCCAAAGCGUGCGUGUGCAAUCAGACCAUCACCCCUCAUCCCAACCUAACCCAAGGGCAGCCUCUGGCCCUGGUUGGGUGGGGCAGACGUCUGGAAAUGUCAGCCAUCGACUUGAGAGAAGCCGUUCUUUGGCUGAGGAAGAGUGUCAGCCGGGCGCGAGGGUCAAAAAUGGGAGACGGCAAAGAAAAACUGGCGUCUAAGCCCGCUCACCGAGCCGCAGUUUGCCCUGGACACAGAGUCAAGGUACUGCAAAGCUACUUCAUGAAUGCAGACUUUGGGCCAUCGAUAAGAAAGUGGGAUAAAACGAAGGGAAGUGCAUUGUCCGCAAUGCUACAGAGUGGCUGUGUGCUGUUGAGGAGGAGACGUGAAGUUCAGGACAGGCAGAAGCCAGUUCGACCCAUUCAACAUGAAGCACAGUCACCAGCAAAGGCUCGUGUGCAGAGAGAGGUGGAAGAGAGAAAUAAAAUGGCAAAGAACAUUACAAGUGCAGUCAACACGGGGCGACUGUCAAGCGGGGUGACGAAACCACAGUCCCCGCCCAAUCCUGUGCUCUCAGUGACUGAUGGUUCUCCUGACCAAAUCUUGGGACGAGAACGCAAUGGAGUCAGUCAGGGGUUAGAGAGCGAAACCCAACAAAACAGUGACCCUCAAGGAACGAUAGGUGCAUUGGACCCCAAAGCUGAUAUGGGUAAGAACUCUAGCGUUGCUGGACAUUCACAGCCAAGUAAUAUAGAGUCUCGACGGGGAGCGGAGCAAGACCAGUCGGGCCAGAGACAUUGGGUUGGGAAUUCCACCAGCGAAGGCAAACCUCCGCAAGCACAAGGAAGGCAAAGCGAGGGAGGGAUUAAAAAGCAAGAGGACAAUCGAGGGAACAGCCCCCACUUUGCCCGGCAGCAGAAGGAACCCAAGGCCAUCUCCGUGCCUGUGACUGGCAAAGACAGACGGCCUCCAAACGACGCUGAAGGCCAAUCGCUUGAAGGUGGGAAAAGUGCGAAGGUACCCGCCCAGCCGUUGCAGGACGCAGGCGGCAGCUCUUCCAGCGGCGAACGGGACGGGCUGGGCGCGGCCGAACCAGGUCAGGUCGCUGCAAACGAGACCGCACCGAACCAGGGGGGCCUGAGUUCGCAUAACGGCAGUGCAGCCGCGGAGUCAGCGAACGUUAAAUGCAAAUGCGAAGACAAGACGCGGCAGAAUUCGGAGGCCGCGGCCGUCAAGAGAACCGACUCGCGCCUCGACAGUAAGGCUUUGUACGUCCCGACUCCACGUACCGAGGAGGCGGCCUGGGCCGCUGCAGCGUUGACGUUCCUCUUUGUGUUCCUCACGGUGGCCGUGUUGUACACCAGGCUUUACAGGAAAUUCAUCAAGAGCCACAGCUUAUACUGGGCUCCGGGCAGCAACCGGGAAGAAAAUGUAACAGAUGUUCUGAAGAGAAGACUUCUUUUGUUUAGCAAGAGGAGGAAAAAGAGAUGUUUCUACAAAAAGAAACCAGUCUUGCCCUACGAUCAACUACAGAGUGACGAGAGCGAUUGAUGGACCUCAGGAGUUUGAUCUGUUGCGAGUGAGAGGCAGUUACAGUACAGCACAGCACCCCACCCUGGAGCUGGGGCCAGACUCUGUGCAAACAGCUGCAGGAAUCAACUCCCCUCCCGCUCCCAAAAAUCAAACGGUAUGACAGAAUGGCACAGAAAUGAUCUUACUCAGGAGACUGUGGGACUUCCCACUCCUUGUUAAAUCGGUAAACGCUCAGAACGGGGCAGGAGAAACUAUUGAAAGCGGUGUUCCUUCUACUCAGGGAUUUAUCGGCCUCCAUUUUUCAGUCCAGCAGUCCAAAGCACAGUUGUAAUUUUGGUUGGCGCUCUUACGUUAAGACGUUUUGGUUAAAACUCUCUCCCCCGGCCCGCCUCCCAUUGGGUAAAGAGCAGCAGCCUUUACAGCCCAUAAAGUUGCAAGUCUGACGUCAGUUUGGGCCAGUUAGUUGACGUCAGCCACAGCAGUAGUAGAUGUACAAAUGCUCUCAAUGCCGGUCUCACAAUUAGAGAAAGAGGGACCCCCCCCCAAAAAAAAAAAUCGGUUCAAUCACUAUCCCGUGAUCCCUGCUGGGUCAUGUUCAUACAUACAAUUAUAUAGCACCCCUCACGCAGGGAAGCCAUCCUGGGGCUCUAGAAAUACUUAUUUGCCCAAGUACAUUGACUGGGCCGCCGUUCUAUAUUCCACCUGGUUGACCGAUCCAAGAAAUUGAGUUUUCUAAAAAAAAACAACUCUAUAAAGAGCUGAGAAAGAGUCAAAAUUGCAUCAAUUGUAAUCUUUGCUUCUUGCAAGUAACAUUACCGAAAAUAUAAUUUUGGACGCCCACUUGCCCUGGCUAACCUAUAUAUAUAUAUAUAUAUAUAACCCUGGCAGCCAUGUGGACACCCAGGCUUUUCAUUUCCAAAUAAAACAGCAUCUCGCAACAAACAAUGGCUCAAAUUACACCCCUGAGCAAACAAUAUUCUUAUGGGCUAUUAAGUGAGGGUUUGGCUCAGCAGGGAGGGCUGCGGACUGGAUUAUAACCUCCUAAAUAGAUUAGUUUCAUCUCAAAACCAGCACAUAGAAUGGAAAAAGUGCAAUUACAGAAAAGGUACCAAAAGGAGUGCAACCCCACGUUGGAUUUUACUAUUCUUAUUUUAUUCGGAAAUAAACCAACAAGGUGGAAAGCGUGACCCAGAAACUGGUUGAUCAAACUCCAGUCUCGCUGCAACUGGGAAAAGUUGAAAGGCCAAUUUUAGCUACCCUGGCCAAGACUAUUUUUUGUUUCAUGAGAAAGCUCGCUGCAAAUGGUGAUUUGCCCACUCUCUCCAGGACCCAUUAGGCAAUGGGUAAUGGCUGCCACAUGUUGAAAGCACACAAUUCCAGGCUUUUCCUAUCAGCGGUCGGUAGAGAAGGGAAAAGCAAAUCCUGGAUAUGUUGAUGUGUGAUGUAAAUUAAUUCUGUACCUACACAGUGCACAUUUGUUUAAUAAAUCCCACAAAUUUUAUAUCU